AUGGAGUCGCUUGCAGCUUUUCCUGAUGGAGAAUGGUUUAACAAAGUGUUCUCCAUUGAAGAUCAGCUUGAUUUCUCACAACAAAUUCUUCAUCAGUUUUCGUUCCCUCUCGAGCAUGAUGAGGCCUUGAGCUUUUUUUCAAAUCCUCAUGCGGAUGAGAUUUUUAUGCCCUGUGCCAAUGCUCUCCACUCUAGUUUUCAAACUUUUCACUGUGAUUCUCUUGAUCCCUACAACUUUGCGGGCUCUAAUCAUAUUGCUGCAACGAAUGAUAUCACUAAAAUUACCAACUCGUUUCCCCCAGCCGUCCCAAACAUUGUUAAUGUCCCUGAAGAUUUGAGUAGUGAUGUAAUGCUUGCUAAUAACGAGUUGCUUCUCGAGAGGAUGGAAUUGCAUACCGGAGGGGGUAAAACCAAUAGCAUUUCAGCUGACAACACAAAGAAACGACCACGGGUUUCCAAAGAUGUAAGAGAAAAAAAGAAUUGCAAGAUGAAUGUGAAUGGCAAUGAAGGAGAGUGUAGCAUGGUUGCAGAUCAUGGAAAUGGUACAGGCACAUGUAGUUCAGAUGAUGACAAUGUUUCUCAGGACACCAAAGGCUCUCAAGCUCUUAACUUGAAUGGAAAGACAAGAGCCAGUAGAGGAUCAGCAACUGAUCCCCAGAGUCUUUAUGCAAGGAAAAGGAGAGAGAGGAUCAAUGAGAGAUUGAGGAUUUUGCAAAACCUUGUCCCCAAUGGAACAAAGGUUGAUAUCAGCACAAUGCUUGAAGAGGCUGUUCAUUAUGUGAAGUUUUUGCAGCUACAGAUCAAGCUUUUAAGCUCUGAUGAUCUAUGGAUGUAUGCUCCCAUUGCUUACAAUGGCGUCGAUGUGGGUCUCAACAAGAAGAUCUCCACACUUGUAUGACCCUGGAAGAAAGGAGCUACCCUACACAUUACUAAUUAU